AACCCAAGAGUUCGGACAACUCAGAUUUCACAAAUAAAUCCAACUGUCCAGUACCUUCAACACUACAUACACAACACUUUCAAUACAUAUUCUCACUUCCAAGUCCUCAAAAACCCUUUGUCCAUUUACUAUAAAUACCCCCUCCACUUUUUCUCGUUUCACAUUAUUUUAUUGAAGUCUUCCCUGCUAAGCACUUCUCUGGAGCCUCUUUGCUCUCCACCUCAAUCUGUUUUCAAGUUAAGGGUGUCACUCAAAAUUAUUUUCUUGAUUUUAUUGUACCUGAAUUAAACCUCGAAGAUUAAUUACUUUAUUUAGCUAUAUUGUUAUUAUGAUGGAAGGGUCUCAUGGUUCGAGUUCACCAGCUCCGUUUCUAACAAAGACAUAUGAGAUGAUUGAAGACCCGGUGACUGACUCUGUGGUCUCUUGGAGUCACACAGGGCGGAGCUUUGUUGUCUGGAAUCCUCCGGAGUUUGCUAAGGACUUGCUUCCAACUUACUUCAAGCACAACAAUUUCUCCAGCUUUGUCAGGCAACUCAAUACUUAUGGUUUUAGGAAGAUUGAUCCUGAUCAGUGGGAGUUUGCCAAUGAGGAAUUUAUAAGAGGUCAGAAACAUCUUCUGCCAAGAAUUCACCGUCGCAAGCCAAUUCAUAGCCAUUCUGCGCAUCAACAAGGUCCAUUGACGGAUUCAGAAAGACAGGAGCUUGAAGAUGAAAUCGCGAAGCUCAAACAUGAUAAGCAUUUGCUUCAAUUAGAGUUACAAAGGCAUAAGCAGGAGAGUCAAGGGUUUGAAAUUGAAGUACAUUCCCUGGGGGAGCGUUUGAGAAACAUAGAAAAUCGACAGAGAAAUACUAUUACAUUCCUUGCCCAAAUACUGCAGAAACACGGUACUGCACCGGCUAUCGGACAACAGUAUCAAUUUGGCAGCAAAAAGAGAAGGUUGGCAGUGUCCACAUAUUUAUAUGAUGAAGCCAAUAAAAACCAAUAUUCGAAUUUUGAGGAAGAAAAUCAGGAUACUAUGUCAAUUUCUAUGUUAAGUUCGGAACUAAUAGAGAAGUUAGACUCAUCCUUGAGGUUUUGGGAGAAUUUUCUACACGGGGUUGGUCAAUCUUCGGGAGUUGACAUGUAUGAUUAUAGUGCAAUGCAGCCAUCACCAUUAGUCAUAACAGAGAUGGAUGUUUCAUCUGGUGAUUCUGAUAUUAAUGUCCAACAACGCUCGCCAAACUUCCAUCCAUCAUCACCUCAUUCAAGAGAUAUUCGUUCACCCCUGGAGUUAGCUGCUGCUGCUUCUGAUCAUGCAGAUAGCCCUGCCAUCUCCUCUAUCUAUCUCGACUUAGAAUCAAGGCCAAAAUCUUCAGGGAUAGACGUAAAUGCAAGGCCUGCUAAUGUUCCUGAUUUUGAUGUUCCAAAUGAGCCAGUUGAGGAGACACCAACUCAAGCUCUACCAACCGGGGUGAAUGACGUCUUCUGGGAACAAUUUCUGACUGACCAGACUCCAAAUUCCUCUGGCACUCAAGAAGACGAGCUAGAGAAAUCAGACACAGAUGGAAGAACAAGUGAUACCGCAAUGGAAGGGCAACAAAGGUUCUGGUGGACUAAUCUGAAUCAUGUCCAUAACCUUACGGAACAGAUGGGGCAUCUCACUCCAGCUGAAAGAACUUGACAAUGUUGCUUGAUUAUUUUGUCCAACAUUUAGACUAUGAUGGCUAGUUUCUUGUUGUACAAAAAUAAAUCUUAGCCGUGGCGUUCUUUCUUGAUCUUAGUCCAUAUAUGUCUCAUCUAGUUUAGCUUUAGUAUUCCCUGUUCUGUAUGCUUUUGAACUAAUAAAUUUUUUGAUUCCUUCA